CUUGGGUGAUCAACAUUUCCAAUAAUUCCUCCCCAUCGGCUUUAUAUACCUUAAUUCACCACCCUUAUUCUCACCGAUUUCAUCAUGCGCCCAUUCACCUCUUUCCCGCGGGGCCUCCGCGCCGUUUAUAGCUCUCUUCCCCCCCGAACUGCUAUCGCGCGCUCUAUAUCAAGACCUUUUUCACAACUGAUCGGCCGCUCUACAUGGCCAUCUCCUGUACUUUACUGGUCAUCUGUUCAAAUCUCUCUACCAGCUUCUACUCCACUCCGCCACAACUCCAGCUCCGCAAGACCCCUCACAGAUCAGGCCGCUGACGCCGCCAGAGAUGCGGAGAAUGAAGAACAGAACAGAAAACGCCGAGAACAAGAACCAGCCUACCAGAUCACCUUCACCUGCAAGCCGUGCGGGGAACGUUCUUCUCACCGUAUGUCUAAACAGGGUUAUCACCGUGGAACGGUCGUGAUCCGUUGUCCGUCCUGCAAGAACCGUCAUAUCAUUAGUGAUCACCUCAAUAUCUUCUACGACAAGAAGAUGACAUUGGAAGAUAUCCUAGCUGAGCAGGGAGGGAAGUUGAAGCGGGGUUAUGUGGAGGGCGAUAUGGAGUUCUGGGAUGAUGGAUCGGUGAACCCAAAAGACGGCCAGGAGACGAAACCAGAUCAAGGACAGUUGCCAUAAUUUAUCUGUUCCGGUUUCUGACUUGAUUUUGAUUAAUGAUACAAGACAAAGACUGUUUGGUGAAUGUGUUGAAUUUGAAGGGUUGCGCUACAGCCUAAAAGUCUGCAUAGAGUCGCGGGUUCCAAAGAGAUUCGGGCAUAAAGGCGUUAUGGGUUGUCCCUUUUAGAUACCUCUGAGACA